CGCGCGCACGCCGCCCGGCGUCCUCGCUCCCGGGGCGGCGCCCCGCGAGUGUCCGAGUCACGGAGGCCACCUCCGGCACCGGAAGUGCCCCGGGCGCGUUUGCGUUCAAAUUCUCGGCGAGCUGAAGCGGCAUCAGGGACCGGUGACGGUUGGAUCAGUGCUGGCUCAGUGCUGGUUCAGUGAUCACAGAGCAAGGUGGUUCGGGCAGGACAGGGCAGGGCAGGGCCCUCCUUCCUCGCUGCCCCGAACCCGGCUCGGCCCUUCCCCUCCGCCUGGCGGUGGGCGGUUUCCCGAGGAACCUUGGCCGCCACAGUCCUGUCCCAAAUUCGUCCACUCCUCCGCCUGAAACCCUCUCUCCUGAAAAACUCCCAAAGCCUUGACUUGGGCGAUGCAGCUUACUUUCUUACAUUUUGUGAGCAGCUGGCCCCAGCUGUGCUCUUCUAACCUGCUGCUCACUGUUAGGGAUGAAUAGCUUCAGAGCAGAAGCAGUCUCUGACAGUUCUGAGGAUCAAGGAAUGUGAGAGUGCUGACGGUCAGAAACUGGACAAAGCUUAUGAAUGAGCAUGAGUCUGCUUAUGAUUAGUGAGAAUGUAAAAUUGGCCCGUGAAUAUGCAUUGCUGGGAAAUUAUGAUUCUGCAAUGGUUUAUUAUCAGGGAGUUCUUGACCAAAUGAACAAGUAUCUGUACUCAGUCAAAGACACAUACCUCCAGCAGAAAUGGCAACAGGUUUGGCAGGAAAUAAAUGUGGAAGCUAAACAUGUUAAGGAUAUCAUGAAAACACUAGAGAGCUUUAAACUAGACAGCACUCCACUCAAAGCUGCACAACAUGAGCUUCCAGCAUCUGAGGGAGAAGUCUGGUCCUUGCCUGUACCUGUUGAACGAAGACCCUCACCAGGACCUAGAAAACGUCAGUCUCCUCAGUACAGUGACGCCAAAGCACACGGUAAUCGUCCAAGUACGGCUGUCAGAGGUCACCGUCCAUCUACACACAAUCUUCACAAUGACAGAGGGAAAACUGUUCGUUGUCGGGAAAAGAAAGAACAGAAUAAAGGAAGAGAAGAAAAGAACAAAUCUCCUGCUGCAGUUACAGAACCAGAGACAAAUAAAUUUGAUAGUACUGGAUAUGAUAAGGACUUAGUAGAAGCUUUGGAAAGAGAUAUAAUUUCUCAGAACCCCAAUGUUCGAUGGGAUGAUAUUGCUGAUUUAGUAGAAGCUAAAAAGUUGCUUAAGGAAGCUGUGGUGUUACCAAUGUGGAUGCCAGAAUUCUUUAAGGGCAUUAGGAGACCGUGGAAAGGAGUGUUGAUGGUGGGCCCACCUGGUACAGGAAAGACCCUUCUCGCCAAAGCGGUGGCUACGGAAUGCAAGACAACAUUCUUCAAUGUCUCGUCAUCAACCCUGACUUCCAAAUACAGAGGAGAGUCUGAGAAGCUUGUUCGUCUUCUGUUCGAAAUGGCUCGAUUUUAUUCUCCAGCCACCAUAUUUAUUGAUGAGAUAGAUUCCAUUUGCAGUCGCAGAGGGACUUCUGAAGAGCAUGAGGCAAGCAGAAGGGUGAAAGCCGAGCUGCUGGUUCAGAUGGAUGGUGUUGGAGGUGCUUCUGAAAAUGAUGACCCUUCCAAAAUGGUUAUGGUUCUGGCAGCUACUAAUUUUCCCUGGGAUAUUGAUGAGGCUUUAAGAAGACGUCUUGAAAAAAGAAUCUAUAUCCCAUUACCAUCAGCAAAAGGCAGGGAGGAGCUAUUACGAAUCAGUCUGCGUGAGCUGGAACUGGCUGAUGAUGUUGAUCUUGCAAGUAUAGCGGAAAACAUGGAAGGUUAUUCUGGUGCGGACAUUACCAACGUGUGCAGGGAUGCAUCCUUGAUGGCAAUGAGAAGGCGUAUUGAAGGUUUGACCCCAGAAGAAAUCAGAAAUCUUUCAAAAGAAGAAAUGCACAUGCCUACAACUAUGGAGGAUUUUGAAAUGGCUUUAAAAAAGGUUUCUAAAUCAGUGUCUGCUGCAGACAUUGAAAGAUAUGAGAAAUGGAUAUAUGAGUUUGGAUCAUGCUGAAUUUUCACAUGUGGGAAACCUGCAUUAAGUGUUUGAAUAAUAAUUAAAAUUAGUAUUUCGUUGCA